AUGGCCAAAGAUCGCUUGAAAUAUCGUGAGACACUGGUCAGAGUAAUUCGAUAUAAUUACGGAACCCAAAUAGACGAUCGCCAUCGCGAUGCCUCAGUAAACGGUGGCGUAAGCGACGCGGCGUGGCGGCGAGAUGAAAGGGCCACGAUACCAUCGGACGCUCUUUGCGACACUUCGCCGCUGCGGCCACGCGCCUUACAUCUAAUCGCUGAUAAAACGCCCAACUCAUCUCUCAUUUCAUCUGUGCGCGAAUCUAUUACCGAUUUUACGAGUGGCGCGGUCGCUCGUUACGGAAUCGGUUUGGUCUCGGUUCCCACGGCUUUCCGGCGCCUGCCCGCGUCCCCUGCCGCCUCCUGGCCGGUGGCCCGCCGUGCCCACCAGACCAAAAAUCACCGCGCAGACAGCUGCAGAUGUCACGGCCCCGUUCAAACAAUGCAACUGCAAACGCACCGCCGGACGAGGAAAUCGAUGAGCGUCGCGAUUUCACGCCUCCGAGGCCGGAAUCGCAAUUCCCGAAAACCACGGACUGUUGUCGACCCCGGGGUAAGAGGUGUGAAAUUGCAAUUGCCGAUUACCGUAUCACACUGCGAGCUGAUCAUCGUCAGCAUUGCGAACGAUUCGUUA